CGGCGCUUCCGCGCGGCCGCCGAGGCCCUGCUGGCGGCGCGCGGCGGCUUCGCCGUCGUCGGGGCGCCCCGGGACGAAGCGCUGGCGCUGCGCGCCUGGCCCGCGGCGCACGCGCGGCGGACCUGGGGCGUCGAGGUCGUCGUUGGCGCGAAGCGGGGCGCCGCCGCGGGCCUUGAGCGCCGCUGCGGCGUCGGUGAUGUCGAGGUGCCUUCGGCUUGGGGCGUUGGAUCUCGGCCUCGGCCGCCGUUCGACACGCAGCGCGCCGCGGCCGCGUCGCGACGGUUCGUUCACGCAGCGCCGUGGCGACGGUCCUGCCGCGGCGGAACCAUGCUCGGCGCGUGGAGGCUCAGGGCCGCCGCCUGACGCCGCUGGGCGUGCUCCACGGCGCGACCGGGCUCGCAGCGGCCCAGGCAGUUACGUCGGCGCUGCCCGCGCUGGCAGGCGUGUUCCCCGGCCCCGUCGGGGUCGCGCGCCGCGGCCACUACGCCUUUACCGUCGAGGCCCCCCUCCCCGGCGCGGUGGCGCACCUCGCCUGCCCGCCCCCCCGUGGGGGCUUCCUGCUCCUCCACGGCCCCCUGAAUCUUCCUGAUCGUGCACGCGAGCGUGCGGCGAGCGCACUGACGCGCGCCUUCUGCCACAGGAGGUAG